AUGCACCCGUGUUUAACUAAUGCUGAAGAUGACAAUUCAAGAGGCAAAGAAGGUCUUGGAUGUCAUAAUGUUAAUACGAAGGUUAAGGGCAAUGAAACAUAUAAGUGUGGCUGUAGUAAGAGUGGAAGCCAAGUAAAUGUUAAUAUAGUGAAUUACAAGAUUGAAUAUAAAACCUACAAUUAUGCUAGCUAA